UUGCCAGGCGAUUUGGGACGAGCAAAAAGGCUUGGAGAAUUUUAUUCGUUACUUAUGUUUUUGGCCUGAGAAAUACACAGACCCUCCUGGGCAGAGAAAUUGGCAAGGCAACCCACUUAUCUUCAUUUCGAAAAAAACUAAACCUCAUCAACAAAACAAACAGUCUUCAUGGCAGAGAAAUUGGGACCUGAAAAACGACACAGCUUCCUCCACGGCACAUGAUUUGUAUUCUCAUGUAAAGACUGGUUCUUUAUUUUGGACUAUAGAGGAUUUUUGUGACAAGGGGCAGGCUUGGCCUUCUCCUAUACAGGGUCAGGGUCAGGGUAAGCUUGAUCCUAUGGCAGGGGAUAUGGAGCACAAGCACCUCAUGCUUCAGAGGUUUCAGGAAGAGAGAGCACUUGAUCAUCCAGGUCAUGAGCAGCACACGCUAACAUUGGUGCCCAGGGAAUCGUUAUUUGCUUGUGAUGCUUGUUCCGAAGAAGCUAACGACUCUUCCUAUAUAUGCACCACUUGUGACUUUUGGAUUCACAAAAAAUGUGCUCUUUCGCCUUUAACAAUCCCCAAUCCUACAUACCACCGUCAUCCUCUUGAUCUUAUCUACUUCAUUCCUAAAAUGCAUCGCUAUUUCAAACGAUAUUGCAAUAUAUGUAAGAAACCAAUUCGGAAAGAAUCCUGGCUCUAUUAUUGUCAUAAAUGCACAUAUUUUGUGCAUAUGAAAUGUGCAACAUCCUCACAUUCAUCGCCUUCUGAAAAUGAGAGUGAAGAAGAGGGCACUCUGAAUGAUGAACCUCAUUUGGUGGAGCUUCCACUGCAUAGUGUGGAAUCACUAUUGGAUCUGAUAAUAUCCCAGUGUUGCAAGCUCCAGUUUCAAUAUGAAGGUAAAAAUGAAAACAGUAUUGCUAUAUUAACAGCUCCUGAUCCUCCCAUAAUUAAUGAACACUGGAGUCGUAAGGAACAUCCAUUAGUGCAGUUCCAGUUUAGUACUAGUGAGAAUGAUAACAACGAAAAAAAGUAUGAUAGAAGAGAGUUGAUAUGCGACGGUUGCAUUCAACCCAUAACUAUUUUCCAUCCAUCUUACUAUGCUUGUAUGAAAUGUGGUUUCUUUCUUCAUUCCUUUUGUGCCACUAAGUUGCCAAGAGUAUUGGUAGCAAAUGGAUUCUUCUACCAUUGCAAGACCUGUAAUAUUACAAUUGAUAUACGUUGUGCAUUCUUACCCACCAAGAUAAAGCAUAAAUCACACAACCACCACUCCCUUGUUUAUCGUCCAUCCUUCAAAUUUGAAUGCAGUGUGAGUGGUUAUACUAUUGGAGGUGGUGUGCAAUAUGGAUGUGGAACUUGUGGUAACUUUCAAAUUGAUAUAGAUAGUGCAUUUUAUCCUGGUAGCAUGAAACACAGAUACGAUGAUCACCCUGUAACCUUGAGACGACCUCCAUUCUUCUACGAGGGAGUAUUCUAUUGUGAAAUAUGUGAAGACCAAGUUAAUAAUCAAUGGUGGCUCUAUCACUGUGAUGAAUGUGAUCAUUCUUUUCACAAUGAUUGCCUUCUUUCGGGUGGAAGUGUCAAGUUAGGAAGGACUGUCGAAGUUGAUAUUAACGACCAAUCACACACACUUGCAUUGGUCUUGAAGAGGCGUACAAGAAAGACCCAAUCGGAGUACUUCUGUAGAUAUUGCGGGAAUGGCUACAAGUCGAAUCACUUUUUGGAAUGUGAUGGGUGUGGAUAUCUUAUAUGCUGUCCCUGUGUUAGUCAAAUCAAGGCCAGUAACAAGUCCAUACACUUUUGAUGAUGGAGUGAGGUGCCAGGCGAUUUGGGAUGAGCAAAAACACUUCAAGAAUUUCAUUUCUUAUGUUCUUGUUUUGAAAGUUGUUUUCUAUGUAUUAAAAUAAUUUACUUUUAUUAGAUUUUUUUUUUGACGGAAUUUGGAUUUUGUUUGUUUAAUGUAAGAUGUAAUUUUGCGGCUAAAGUCUUAAUCAGAUUAGUGAAGUUAUUGAUGGUAGUAAGAUCAGGAAAUUAGGAAUGCAGCUCUUUUAGCACUGCUCAUGAGAGUUUUUGUUUUUGGAACAUAUGGUAAAAUCAUCUUCUUAUUUCUCU